UCUGCCUCCAUUGACAGAAAAGCUAUUGUGCUGCACCAUCUGAGAUUUCAUCAUCUUGAUCUAAUACAGCCUCUUCGUCAACAUUUUAACACCCCGGCAGAGUUGGUCAUGACAUCACGAGCAGGUCCAAGAGCCACAGGGUCUGAUGGAAGUGACUUUAAGCACAGAGAGAAAGUGGCUUCUCACUACCAGAUGAGCGCUUCACUGAAGUCUGAAAUCAAGAAGCUGACCGUCGUGCAUCUGUUACUAUGGGCACUGAUAGCCGCCCAGGUGACAGUUGCCCACCUCAAGCUUCUGUCCCACGAUGUGGUUGCUAUGCCAUACCAGUGGGAGUACCCAUACCUCCUGAGCCUGCUGCCCUCUCUGCUGGGUGCCAUGGCAAUGCCCAAGAACAAUAUCAGCUACCUGGUGAUCUCCAUGAUCAGCGCUGGCCUGUUCUCAGUGGCGCCGUUGAUCUUUGGUGCCAUGGAAAUGUUCCCUGUGGCUCAGCAGCUUUAUAGGCAUGGCAAGGCCUACCGCUUCAUCUUUGGGUUCUCUGCUGUGUCGGUGAUGUACCUGCUCAUGGUGGUUGCCAUCCAAGUGCACGCAUGGCAGAUCUACUACAGCAAGAAGUUACUGGACGCUUGGUUCAACUCCACACAGGAAAAGAAGAAGAAGUAGUAAUAGGGCCUUCAGAUGAGUACUGGAUGUAGGCCACAUUGUUCUGAUAUGCUCAGAACUCAGACAUGCAUGGAUUAUAUUAAAAGGGAUUAAUCCAAGUAAGAUCGAUCAAUCACACACACUAUAAUUACAUACAUACAGUACUGUGCAAAAGUUUUAGGCAGGUGUGAAAAUGCUGUAAACU